CCCGGAAGUACGUUGCCUGGUCUGCUCCACACUCUGUUCGCAGAUACAAAGUCUGUCCUGGUGACACGCUGUUGAUCGUUUCCUAACAGAAGUGUCGUGCUCGUGUUGAGCAGCAGCAGCGAGGAUGUGCGAGGAGCUGCGCAGUUUGAAAGCUCAGCUCAGGGAGCAGGAGAGAGACCUGGAUGCUCUGAGGAAGAAGCUGGCUCAGCUGGAGAAGAGUCACACUCCAGCACUGGAGCUCCAUGACAAAGUGACGCCCCUCACCCCACUGAAAGCCAAGCCGGCCCUGAGCAACGAGGACAUCAUGCGGUACAGCAGACAGCUCCUGCUGCCUGAGCUGGGUGUACAAGGUCAGCUGAACUUAUCCAAGACGUCAGUGCUGGUUGUUGGCUGUGGAGGACUCGGCUGCCCCCUGGCGCAGUACCUAGCAGCAGCAGGCAUCGGGCGUCUGGGUCUGCUGGACUACGACCAGGUGGAGCUCAGUAACCUGCACAGACAGGUGCUGCACGGGGAGGAGAACCAGGGCCAGGCCAAGGCUCUGUCCGCUGCCAAUGCAGUGAGAAGGUUGAACUCCACUGUCGAGUGUGUUCCCUACCACCUGCAGCUUUCGUCGGAGAACGCCUUGCAACUCAUCCAACAGUAUGACAUCGUGGCCGAUUGCUCAGACAAUGUCCCCACUCGCUAUCUGGUGAAUGACGCCUGUGUCCUCAGUGGGAAACCUCUGGUGUCAGCAGGCGCCCUGAGGAUGGAGGGACAGUUGACAGUAUAUAAUUACCGUGGAGGCCCCUGCUACAGAUGUCUGUACCCAGUGCCCCCUCCCCCAGAGACGGUAACCAACUGUUCCGACGGAGGGGUGCUAGGAGUGGUUCCAGGGACAAUGGGCUGCUUGCAGGCCUUAGAAGUCAUGAAGAUCGCCUCUGGACUCGGCUCUUCCUGCGGCCAGAAUUUGCUGAUGUUUGACGCUCAAGACGCCAGAUUCAGGUCCAUCAAGCUGCGGCCCAAGCAGGCUGGCUGCGCAGUGUGUGGAGAGAAGCCCAGUGUGACCAAGCUUGUGGACUAUGAGAGCUUCUGUGGGUCGGCCGCCACAGAUAAGUGCCGCAAACUCAACCUCCUCUCCGGGAAUCAGAGGAUCACUGUACAGGAUUAUAAAUCGAUAUUGGACAACGCUGAGCCCCAUCUUUUGUUGGACGUGCGCCCUCUUGUGGAGGUGGACAUUUGCCACUUGCCCUUCUCUCUCAACAUCCCACUCGCCCGUCUAGAGGAGAGAGAGAGUGGACAUAUGCAGUUAUUCCAGGAGCGAAUCGGCCAGUUGAAGCAGCAGACGGCAGGUGACCGCCGGCCUCCAGUGUAUGUGAUCUGUAAGCUGGGUAACGACUCUCAGAAAGCGGUGCAGCUGCUGGAGGAGAUGAGUGGAUCUGAAGUGGACAGUAUCACACUGAAGGACAUCCGCGGAGGCCUCGCGUCCUGGUCAAAGAAAAUAGACCCCACAUUUCCACAGUAUUGAUCCAUCAAUAAACUUUUAUUUGAACAAUU